GGUCAACAUCCACUAAACCAGGAGAAAUAAAGUUGGUGAAGAAGAUCCUAAAUAUGCAGUUUUAUUAGGUCAAUGAUUAAACCAUUUAAACCACUGAGGUAAUCUAGAGUUGUUCUAAAAUCUACGGGGACAAAUAAAUACAAGAGAUGGCUGUAAAUGGCCCUAAUAAAUAUGAUUUUUAUAUAACAAGCGAUGACCGAGAGUGGGAGACGAGAAUAUUGAAGAGACUUCAGGAAAAGGGUUUCUCUAGCUACCACAGAGGGAAAUUCACGCUUGGUGGCCUGAAAACCACAAGCAGGUUGCACGGUGUCCAGAACUGCAGGGUCAAGAUUAUUGGCUUCGCGCCUCCAUCAAAGAUGACGACCGCAAAUGACACUUAUGUUGCCAGUUUAGCGCUUGAGCAUAGGAAACAAAACGAUCAAGUUAUAUGCGUUAAGAUUUCCAAGAACUCUGUAAUACCGUCAGACUACUCGGCUCUUGUUGCCUACGAUGGUUGGGAUGAGGACGACCUCUGUGAACGAAUUUCUCAUGCAAUAAAUAUUGUCAAAGAUGGAGGGUCAGUGGGAGGUUCUGAUACUACCGAGUAUACAAGCGAUACUGUGGAUUCUUCUACAAGCCAUCAAGUUAGACAUGAACAAGACUUUGGACCAAUCACAGAUUUGCGAAUUGCUAUGUUAGCAAAAAAACUUGGUGAUGAUUGGACAACGAUAGGGGUUUGCCUUGGAUUAUCAUUUGAGGAAGUGCACGAUUUACGUGAUGAUUAUCGUGUUAGCCGCGAGAGAAACGAACGAAUGCUGGUGAUGUGGAGGAAAAGGCAUUCAGGUUCCCCAGCAGAAAAGUUAAAAUUUCUAAUGGAGGCAUUAAAAAAUUGCGACAGAAUUGAUUUAAAGGAGGAGGUUAGCCAAUGGCGUUGACUUUUCCAUUGUAAACAGACGGGCAACAUUCCCUCUCCCCUGUUUUACUGAACAUAUACUGGCAUCUAUUAAGCAGUUAUUUUUGGAGACUCCCGCACAACUUACAUGGUUUAUGGUUUUAUAUUUAUAUAGCGCCUUCCACGAUCGAAACCGUUUCAAGCGCUUGAAAAAUAUAUGUGAAUAAUGUAUGGAAAUAAAUUUGACCGGAAAUAACCUAAAUAUGCCCCUUUUCCUAUCAUCGCAUUCCCAUUCUAGCACCCCUCAAUUUGGAAUAUUCUGAAAAACUGGUGCCAACAGAUAAGGGUUUCCCAUAGGAUCUGUCGCUUACCAAAUAAGGUAAACUGCAGUAGCGACUGUUGGUACAGUAUAAAAAAAAAUAAAUAAAUAAAAAAAAAAAAUAGUUGUUUGUUUCAGCUGUACUGAUGUACUUAAAAAGUAAUUGCACAUUCUUUAAGGAUAUUUGUUUCAUUGUAAUAUUUUGCGAAUAUAUCUCAGUACUGGUUUGCUAUUCAUGAGUGUUUGACAAUUGUAGAAGUAGAAACAAGUAAAUAAUCAAGAAUGUUGAAAGUCAUAGCAAAUCAAUACAUUUCAAUUUGUUAUAAUGGAUUAAUUAUCACAAUUAAAAGUGAAACUCCUAAAAUACAUUGUAAAAUACUUUAUUGACAUUUCAAAGUAUGGUACAGUGGCAGUAAACUAUAACACAACUGUAGGUAAAGUGAAAAAAAAAACCUACAUGAUCUAUGUGCUUGGCUAGAUUGUCUUGCACAUUUGAAGGAACUUUGGACACCUUCCUUUGCAGUUUUAAUAUACCGUAAUUAGGCCAUAAAGUUCAAGACAAUUCUGGUCAGGAUUCCAGAGUUAAAUAACCGUAAAAGUUAACUUGUGCCAAAGUAUAGUAAUAUGGUAAUUUAAUACAGUACAAGACUAAUAUACUAACAUUAUAAAUUUGCAUUACAAUAUUAUGAAAUCAUUUAUUAACAGAUUUUUUCCUUUUUUCGGCCGAUCCUUUCUUUAAUUUUUCUCUGUUAUGUUGUUGUUCCGCUUUCAUCUUCUUCACAAGUGAUUGUAGCUAUAGAAAAUGAAAUAGUAAGUAUUAAUUUUAUUUAAGGUAAUGCAGAAAUAAAACAAAAAUAAACAAAAAGUGUUUGAAAUAAAACAGUUAAGUCUAAAAUGAAUGUGUUGUCUUGA